GGCGUGACAGAGGACGCUGCUGACAUUCAGAGAGGAAAAUCGUGUUCGAGUAUUUACACGAAAUAUUUGUGCGUUUAUCGUCAUGUGUGUGUGAGAUACCGCGGAAUCUGAUAUGGCACUGUUUUUGUAAUCGGGGCGCCAUUUCAUUGCUCUGAAAUCCCAUUGUAUGUCUGGCUGUGAUUGUGUGGGUGCAGCAGCGUCCUCGGGGAAUAAUCAUUCGCAGGAUUCAUUUUAGGCUUCCAAAAUGGAUAUGCCUCUACUCUAUUCUGUGAUUGCCCGGGGGUCAACUGUGCUCUCCCGGUAUGCUAUGUGUGCUGGGAAUUUUGCAGAAGUCAGUGAACAGAUUUUGUCAAAGAUUCCCCCCAAGGAGACUGGCCGCUUAACUUACUCACAUGAAUCUUAUCUAUUUCACUAUGUUGCACAAGAUGGAAUUAUUUAUUUAUGCAUUACAGAUGAUGAUUAUGUCAGACAACGAGCAUUUGCAUUUCUUGAAGAUAUCAAACAAAGAUUCGAAGCAAUGUAUGGUUCACGGGCUCAGACUGCACUUCCAUAUGCUAUGAACAGUGAAUUUGCUCAGGUUUUAGCUACACAGAUGAAACAUUUUAAUGAGUCGAGAGAUAUAGACAAAAUAUCAAAACUUGAGGGAGAAGUCAGCGAUGUAAAAGAUGUUUUAGUUAAAAGUAUAGAAACGUUAGCAUCACGAGGUGAACGGCUGGAACUUUUGAUAAAUAAGACAGAAAAUUUGAAUUCUACCGCUGUGACAUUCAAAACUACAAGCCGUAGCUUAGCUAGAAGCUUAUGGUGGAAAAACAUCCGUCUCAUAAUUAUCAUUUUAAUAUGCAUUGGGGUAGGCAUUUACGUCAUUGGUGCUUUGAUUUGCGGACCAACUUGGCAUAAUUGUGCUGGUGACUGAGUCUGUGAUAAAAUGUAAUUUUAAGAGCUUUGUCACAAACUAGAAAGGGUAGCUUGUAAUUUUUCUAUAUUUUUGUAGUAUAAUAGUUUGUAAAUGCGCACUAAAUGUCUCAUAUGUUAUUGUAUAUUAUGUAUCUUUUCAAAUGCAGUCUUAAAUUUUAUGAAUUUAAGUUUUAAUUCCUUUGUAGUGACGAAUGUGUUGUAGUAUCACUGAAAGUUUACUGCUGCUGCUGUAGUCACUGUAUGUAUUUUGGAUUUGUAAUGGAAGGUUUUGUUCAAUAGUUACAAAGAACAGAGAGAGAAGUAAAUUGGUAAAAAAUGGCAUUAAAGGCAUUUUAUGCAAAACUAACAAUUAUACUAGAGCAUUAAAAAUCAUAAUUUGAUAUAAUGAGUAUACUUGAGCAUUAAAGAUCAUAGUUAUUUUAUAUGUGCUUAUCAUUCCAUUUUUAAGAAUAUGUAUGUAGAUUUCAUACAUUAAUUUUUUGUCUGUAUAUGCAAAGUAAUUUUUAUAUUUUAGUUUACAGUAUAUUAAAAUGUUUCUGUCAAUGAAACAAAAGUUGUUAUAAAGGUUAGAUCAUUGUCACCUCAAGUUCUCAACUCAUAAAAAUUAGAAUAUUUAUUAUAUCCCAGUACGUUGGUGGAUUUUUCCUUGUAUUCUUCCAAUCCCAUAGAUGCAUAUAGUUUGUUUUUAGGAAUCUAUUCUGUGAUUUUUUAUAUUCUAAAUAUGUAUUACUUUGAGAGUUGAUGUAACUUUUGACAUUUUGAGACUGACUGACUGUUGCUGUUUCUGAAACACGAUAUUUUGAGUUGCACCGCUUAGAUCUGAACUUGUUCAUCAUUAGCCUUCACAUAAGAAAUUUGACUCAUUGAGAAAAGAAAUGGACAUAUUUUUCACCUAACAGUAUACGUAUACAGAAACAUGUAGAUGUUGACUGUGCACUCCAUCCAGUGACAUAAUGCUAAACUAGAAACUAUAUUUUACUAAAGCACAUCUUGUGGUGCUUGACAAAUACUACGGCUCUACCCUCUUACACUGCAGAUUUUAACAUUUAAGUUGUUUACAUGGUGUUACAUGAUCUGAAAUCCUGUAUAGCACAAGCAGUCAGUUAAUUUGUAAUAAUCAAGGAAAUGAUAUGGAAUUCACAAAUUUCCCAUGCAUCAUAUAACAUACUAUGGAAAUGUAUAUUUAGUCUGACACUGAUGGUUGUGAGUAAUUAAAUGGUAACUUUUUAUUGAACCCGAGAUAUAGUUUUCUUUGGUAAACUAUACUUUUAUAUUUUCCAGUUUGGUAAUAUUCGAGGAUUCUUUAUUAUGCUAUGGCUGUGGCAGAAUAUUACUUCAAAAUACCAACCAACCCUUAGUUUGAAAUUUUUUAAUGUACAAGUUUUUACAUACCUAGUUGGUAUUUACUACUUACUGUAGUGCUAGACCAAAAUUUUAGGUUCAUAAAUAUUUUUACCUCUUAAACAUUUGUACAAGUUUUAUUUUUUAUGGAUAAAGUAUGCUGUUACCAAAUAGUUUUAUGAAGAAGCAUUAUUACUUCCAAUUUGUAUUUUCAUUCAAUUUGUUUUGUCUAGUCUUCUACUAAUAAUGUUCCAGCAUUUUGAAUAUAAAAUCUGAAAUGGGACCAAUUGUUUUAGCUAAAGAUUUUUACAGAAUAAUGUGAGGUACUUCUUGCAUUUCUUGAAUAUACUUUUAGAAUUUAAAA